AAGCAAAAGGAAAGGUUGAUAUCAAUUUUCCUUAGAAAAGAAACACAUACACUGCUACAAACACAUAGACAUACAAUGGCUUCUAAGAAGCCUCAUGCUGUGUGUAUUCCAGCUCCAUCUCUAGGCCACAUAAAGGCAGUGCUUAAACUAGCAAAACUCUUACACCAUAAAAGCUUUCAUAUAACCUUUGUCAACACAGAGUCCUUUCACAAGCGCUAUCUUAAAUCUCUAGGCCCCAACUCCUUAGACGGUCUCCCCGAUUUUCAGUUUGAAACCAUUCCGGAUGGCUUACCAGAUUCUGAUGCUGAUCCUAUGAGCUUGCUUUGUGAAAACAAACAUAUGAAAACUUUGUUGCCUCCCUUUCGCGGCCUCCUCACAAAACUCAACAAUGAUUUUACUAAUCCUCCAGUGACUUGCAUUGUUUCAGAUGGUUUCUUGUGGAUGUUCACCAUUGCAGCUGCUCAAGAAAUUGGAGUCCCCAUAGUGCUCUUCGAAACUAUUGCUGCAUCAACGUUCAUGGCGUUCACACAGUUUCGCACUUUGGUCCAAAAAGGGCUUGUACCACUCAAAGAUGAGGGCUGUUUCACAAAUGGAUUUUUGGACAAAGUGAUAGACAUGGUUCCGGGAAUGAAAGAUAUUCGUUUAAAGGAUCUCCCAACCUUUAUUCGAACUACAGAUCCAAAUGACACCAUGCUUAACUUCUUCAUGGAAAUGGUGGAUAACGUUCACAAAGCAUCGGCAGUUGUAUUUCCUACUUUUGAUGCUUUGGAACAAGUUGUGUUGGAUGCUUUCUCAUCUAUGUUUGAUCAGCCACUUAUUUAUGCAAUUGGUCCCAUGCAGUUACUUCUCAAUCAGAUACCUAAUGACCCCUUGAAGCAUAUUGAAUGUAGUCUAUGGAAAGAAGAAUCUGAGUGCCUCCAAUGGCUAAAUUCUAAGGCGCCGAAUUCAGUUGUGUAUGUGAAUUUUGGUAGCGUAGCAUUCUUGACACCGAAACAGCUAGUAGAAUUUGGUUGGGGACUUGCAAAUUCAAAGCUUCCAUUCAUGUGGGUUAUUAGGCCUGGUUUGGUAAUGGGCGAAUCAGCAACUUUGCCACCUGAGUUUGUAGUUGAAACCAAAGAAAGCGGUCUGAUAGUGAGUUGGUGUCCACAGGAGGAAGUCCUUAAUCACCCAUCAGUUGGAGGGUUUCUAACACACUGCGGUUGGCAUUCAACCAUGGAGAGUCUGACUGCUGGAGUGCCUAUGAUCUGUUGGCCAUUCUUUACAGACCAGCAGACAAACUGUUACAAGAUUUGUAAAGAAUGGGGCAUAGGAAUGGAGAUCGGUAGUGAUGUGAAGAGAGACGAAGUUCAGAAGCUUGUUAAAGAGAUAAUGGAGGGAGAGAAGGGUAAGACUAUGAGAAAAAAUAUCUUGGAAUGGAAGAAGCUUGCAGAAGAAGCAAUUGCUCCGCAUGGGUCUUCAUUCGAAAAUCUAGACAUUCUCGUGAAUCAAGUUCUACUAAGAAAAAGAGAAGGGCAGGUGUUUGAUCUGAUUAGCUAGUAAUAUGAAAGAUGUUAUCCAUGCAUCAAAAUUAUUGUUAUUUGUAAUAAUUUAGUAACUGGAAAGAAUUCUGGUUGAUCAUAAUAAGGCACGCACCUACUAGUUAGGAAUGUGCUAGCUAGUGUUGUUUGAAUUUCAUGUUUGAGUGGAGGAUAGCCUUUCAUGGCUACUCAAUGUACUUAUUCGAUGUAUUGUAAUCUAUUUUUGAUAUACUUUUGUCUUUGCAAAUAAAAAAAUAAAAUAAAAUAUC